UCACAAAUUAACCAGAACGUCGAGAAUAAAGUACAAGGAAAACUAAAAUUGUGGCAAAAGGUUCUGUAAUUGAACCCUUGGAAAAGUAAGGUGCUUGGUUAGUGUGAAUCCAUGGUUUCCUAACAUUACUAAGGCCUCUUAAACUCCAAACCUCCACCAAGAAUAACAAAUCGAUAACAGGCAUUUUUUGCCCGUACGUAGAUAUUUGUUCCAUUCCCAUAGUACCCAAAGACAGAGAUACUGAUUUUAUUAGCCUUGGCUGUCAAAUCAUGGGCAAAAGGGUAUUGGUGGUACUGGUUCUGAUGGUGGCCUCCAUGAGUUGUUUGGCUCCGUGUUCAGCUUCGUCGUUUUUUAAGGAUAAGCCAUGGGAGCGAAAGAGGCCAAUCCUGUCGGUUCCGACUGCAUCUUCUUCGUUUGCUUCAUCCUCCAUUGUAUUGCCUCUUCAAGGGAACGUCUAUCCAAAUGGGUUCUAUAACGUUACUCUUUAUGUAGGACAGCCUCCAAAGCCUUACUUUCUAGAUCCCGACACCGGUAGUGAUCUCACUUGGCUUCAAUGUGACGCUCCAUGUCAACAGUGCACUGAGACACUUCAUCCACUUUAUCAACCAAGCAACGAUCUUGUCCCGUGUAAGGACCCUCUGUGCAUGUCCUUGCACUCAUCUAUGGACCACAGAUGCGAAAACCCAGAUCAAUGUGACUACGAGGUUGAGUAUGCAGAUGGUGGUUCAUCUCUUGGAGUCCUUGUCAGGGAUGUAUUUCCUCUCAACUUAACCAAUGGAGACCCAAUUAGACCCCGUCUGGCCCUCGGAUGUGGUUAUGAUCAAGAUCCUGGAUCGUCAUCUUAUCACCCCAUGGAUGGAAUACUGGGCCUUGGAAGAGGAGCAGUAAGCAUCGUCUCACAACUGCAUAACCAAGGCAUUGUCCGUAACGUCGUUGGUCACUGUUUCAACAGCAAAGGAGGAGGAUAUCUUUUCUUUGGGGAUGGCAUAUAUGAUCCCUAUCGUUUAGUUUGGACGCCCAUGUCACGGGACUACCCGAAGCACUACUCCCCUGGGUUUGGAGAACUAAUUUUCAAUGGAAGAAGUACUGGACUCAGAAAUUUGUUUGUAGUUUUUGACAGUGGGAGCUCUUACACAUACUUCAAUGCUCAGGCUUAUCAAGUUUUAACAUCAUUGUUGAAUAGAGAACUAGCUGGAAAACCGCUAAGAGAAGCCAUGGAUGAUGAUACGCUUCCGCUCUGCUGGAGAGGGCGGAAGCCAAUCAAAAGCUUACGUGAUGUGAGAAAAUAUUUCAAGCCAUUGGCCUUGAGCUUUUCCAGUGGUGGAAGAAGCAAAGCAGUGUUUGAAAUACCAACGGAAGGUUACAUGAUAAUAUCGUCCAUGGGAAAUGUUUGCUUGGGAAUUCUGAACGGCACCGACGUUGGUCUUGAAAACUCGAAUAUCAUCGGUGAUAUUUCGAUGCAAGAUAAAAUGGUAGUAUACAACAAUGAGAAGCAAGCAAUUGGAUGGGCUACUGCCAACUGUGAUCGGGUUCCCAAGUCUCAAGUCUCGAGUUGGUAGCAUGCAAAAGAUAUAUACAUCCAUACAUACGAUCAGAAAGUAGUUUAGUUUGAGGGAAAAUCCUUGCAUAUGGCAAUAGGGUAGGAGAAACUUGCAAUGACGCCAUCGAAGAUGUAACCAAUGCAACUGAACAAGUUACUGUAUUGUAACAUUAACAUUAUAAAAAACAGUUUGUACCAAAUGAAGUAAUAGAAUUAGAAGUGACAUUUUUUUA